UAUAUCACAUAGUUAGCGUUUGUUUUCUAUUCUUUCCUCUAAUAGCACUCACCUACAUGAUACCUUAACUUAUAUCUAGAUGUACCUAAGCUAGUUUGCUUCACUCAGCCAUAAAAGCAACAGCCUAUCAAGAAGGGUAUCGUUCAAUAAUUAGCAUAUGAUAUUCUCUCACCGCCCCAUUUCCGGACACUUUUCUCCGGAAGUGUAGUAAAAGAAGCACAAAUCUGUCGAGUUGCAGAUACUAGUAACGAUAAUAUCAGUCUGAGGCUUGCUUACACGAAAAUCAUGGACGAUGGUGAUCCCAGCGUUGAGAGCUGAUCACCACGCCACAACGUUAUUCUCACCUGAUUUUUGCAUUGACCGUCUUGCCUUUUCCUUUUCCCCACGAGCUGAGCGCGAGACUAUGAUGGCGUAUCCAGUCGUUCGCUGGCGAUUCUUCGGUUUGUCCAAGAACCGGUGGUGCUCCCAUACAAACAUACAUAGUUUAUAGCACGGUUCUAUCGCUUCCCCUGUACAUAAGAGUAUCAUAACUUCCCCUGCUGCGACAUAACAUGUUCUUCAAGAGGCCGUCUCUUAUAGAUUAUUCUUGAAGUUAUACCGUUAUCACUCAAGCUAAACGAUGAGUAGAUUCGCGGUAUACUGUGACUGGAUCGCCACUGCUCGAAAAUGUUUGAACGGUGAACAGCCUCCACGCUACAUAGCAAGAUUCUACGUUCGGGAAAACCCUGUUCGGUUUCCUCUUGCCGGGGUAGAACCUUCUAACCGCGUCGCUCAGUUUUACGAAGAGUUACUCGCCGAGGUCGAGCAAUCCAGGCUGAGAGACAGGCGAAAGAAGCUAUACCGGCAAUUCGUAAAUAGGGUUAUCGCUGCCCAUGCCGCCGUUGAAGAUGCGGGAGUACCGCUUGGGACUGUUUCGAUGCUUCGGAACCCCCUAGCUCACUUAGAUAUAGCGCUAAACCGGAUGGCGGAUUUAAUAGAAUACGACAACGAGCAUCCGAUUCAUUGGUCAGAAGUGUUCCCGAUAGAGAAUACUAAGAGUCAAUUAUCGCCAAGUGAGCUUUGGCUCCACUUCAAGCUAGAGAGCAUUCGGCCAUGUCUCGUCUUCCUAGUGCGGCUCUUGGGGCUAGUACUUCCAAAGUAUUCGGACAUGUGGCGUGAAUGCGAUGAGAGCCUGACGAGUACAGAAUGGAUAGCUCAGUUCAUUCUCGAUUCACCGAGAGCUCCGAGGGAGUCACCAUCGGCACGUCGUCCAGGAAUUGACCUGUCAUCUCAGCAGGCCAACCCUGGCUUGCAUGGCAUACAAUUGUGCGGCUCGGCUUUAAUGAGACAUCCAAGAGUCUAAUCCUUCUAAAUAUGAAAGAAGAGAAACCCAAAUAGAUAUUACCUAUAAUGUUGUUGCCAUUGAUAAAUUGGAGCUGUCUGUAAUUAUAAGGAUUAAAUUCAUCCUCUUAUAGGACUCGCAAUGAUAGGUCUACUAGGGAAACUACCUGUUCGGAAUUUGGCAAAGAUUAUAUGAAUCCAUACUAAGUUGAAUUGGAGGCUGGAGACUGGAGACUGGAGUGUUAUAUUUCGGUAACUGAAAAGUGUACCUAUCCGAGUUUAUGGAUAGGUAGCGUUAUCCUUUAACUACCCAAUUAACAAGGCCUUAUGCUACUAUCGCAUGCACUCCCCCCACUUACCCCAGAUUCGAGUUGG